AAAUACGGAAGUGAAGAAAUAGCCAGUUCAUUUCUUUUACAUACAAAACAUUCUGUCAUAACAGCUAUUGUGAAUUAUUGUCGAGGAAUACGUAACCGAGAAAAUGGUACACAAUCAUGGCAGCUGUUCUAAGAAAAAAUUCACGCACAAGAUCGUCUAAAAGAUACUGUAAAGAAAAGUUUUGUUGCAAAACUGAAAACACAGAGGCCUUUUAUCACUGCGAAGAUUGUGGUACAGACCAGUGCAGUGAAUGUGACGAAACGAUCCAUAAAAUCAGUGUCAAGUUUGAAUUUCACGACAGGAGGAAAUUUGACCCACCUCCGUCUGAAGAAUUGUGCCAAAUAGAUAAAAUUCAGAAUCUGCUCGUUUGUGAAGAGGAAAACUAUGCAGAUUUGAGGUGUGAAGUUUGUGCCUUAAAUUUUUGCUUCAGUUGCUUUGAUGACUAUCACAAAGGCAAUCGAAAAACGCACAGGAAAACCUUCUUUAAAGAAUUCAGGCAAAGAGAGCUACAGAAACAAUUGAACAAUCCUAUAAAACCAUCUAGCCCUUUACAAAGCGACGAUGACAGCCUGACAUAUAUGUCAUGUCCCCAACUUCUUGACCAGGUUAUAGACAUUGAUUUACAAUUGACGGAACAUUCAGAAGCCCAACCAGCUGACACUACCCAGACUGAAAGCAUGAACUCGUUUAGCAGUGCUCAGUCUGACCACAGCCAACACAGUAGCAUUCCUGAUAUUUGUUUGUCAGCAGGGAACGAGAUGUCAAGUCUAGAAGCUCAGCUUGCAGAGAGCAUCAUAGAUCUAAACGAUCCCUAUGAUAAUGUAAAAAGCUUUAUGUUGAUAAAUGACCAAGAAGUUAUACAGAUAGGUGAUGAAGAUGAAUUUAUCAAGAAGCUUGACUGUGACAGCAAUGAACAUGUAAAAGUAGUCUCAAUAUUUGGAAACACAGGUGAUGGAAAAUCAUUUACCCUGAAUCACACGUUCUUUGGUGGAAAAGAAGUCUUCAAGACCUCUUCACAUCAGUCUUCAUGUACCGUAGGAGUUUGGGCAGCAUUUGACCCCAAAGAAAAGGUCAUCGUUAUAGACACAGAGGGCCUGUUGGGAAUUACCUCCAAUCAGAACCAGAGGAUGCGUUUACUGCUGAAGAUUCUAGGAAUAUCUGAUAUCAUCAUCUACCGAACAAGAGCAGAGAGACUACACAAUGAUAUGUACCAGUUUCUAUGCGAGUCAUCUUCAGCUUAUACAAAGCAUUUUUCAGACGAGUUAGAAGCCACUGCUAAACGAUGUAACAAAGGAGUUGGAGAUUUGACUCCAGCAGUGAUCAUUUUCCAGGAGACAGUUAACACUAAUGUUCUUGGUAGCUCAGGUACAGACUCUGCUGAGAAGUUUAUAUGGAACACAUUCCGGCAACUAGAGUGUCCAAUGCACUUUAAGGACCUGACGUAUGUGGGAAUAAGAACUGGUAGACCCCCCACAGACUUCACUCAGUUCCAGAGAACCAUGUCCCAGCAUUUGCAGGAUAAGUCAAAUCGAGCAGCUCGUCGACCAGCUAUUGUCUAUAAGACACUGAAGAACUUGAAUGACAAAUUCAAUGGAGAAGUGGAGAAGCCAUUAUAUGGGACAUUUCCUGACCAGUUGUUUUCUUGCUCCAUGAAAUGCUUGUCCUGUGGAGAGGGUUGUACUCGGAGUAUGAACCACGACACCGACAGCAAGGCCCAUGAAACAGACAAGAGGUGUAAAUAUCAGCAUCAGUUUGAAAACAAAGUCUUCUUGUGUAAGUCCUGUUAUUUGUCUGGUAAAGAGCACGUAGUCAUUCCUAAGACCUCCGAGUCCAGAGACAGUGCGUGGUCAGGACUCAUCAAAUAUGUCUGGGCUGGAGAAGUUCUGGAAUGUCCAAGCUGUGGAGUAAUAUUCCGAAGUCGUCAGAACUGGUAUGGAAACAAAGAAGUUGAGGAAAUCGUCCACACAGAGAUACGCCAUGUGUGGCCGGAUGGCUACAAAAUGUUACAAGGGACCAAUAAUGCUGCUCGCAAAGUCAUUGAUGGGUUCCACUACAUAGCCGACUCAAUUACAAGCGUUGGCUCGAAACCUACAAAGAUGAUCUCAGAUUGGAUGAAUGAUCGCAUCGCUCCAGAAUACUGGGUUCCCAAUUCACAGAUAUCGCAUUGCCACCAGUGUUCAAAAGAGUUGGAGACUGAGCAGAAGCACCACUGCCGAGCCUGCGGUAAAGGCUUCUGUGACGACUGUAGCUCCCACCGUCGCCGGGUCCCAGAGAGAGGCUGGGGCGAAAUGGAAGUACGAGUGUGUGACAAAUGCUACGGGGGAAAGAAAAUGUCAGAUUCAAAUGACAGUACAGGAAGUAAUUCUCAGGUCACAGCUAGAAAGGUCGGUGAGGUUGUGACCUCUGCAAUAAGUGUUGCAGCCUCUACUUUGAAUUACCCAAUAGACAUGAUCAAAGACACUGCCCGGCCAGGGUACUGGACUCCGGAUGAACAGAUCAAGGCCUGUUAUGUCUGCGAAGAGUUGUUUGGUCCGAAGCUUAGAAUUCACCACUGCCGAGCCUGUGGGCAGGGAGUGUGUGAGAGCUGCUCCCCCAACAAGCGGCCAGUGCCACUGAGGGGGUGGGAUUACCCAGUCCGCAUCUGCCGGAAAUGCGUAAAUAAGCCAGAUCGAUUGUAAAUGCUGAUCCAGGUCACACCUAAUGAAUUACAAUGUGGUUUGUUUAUGACUGGUGGUAUGAUGGAAAGGGUGUAUAGAUGAGUUACAUUGACAGUACCAACUGACAAAUGAAUUGUUUGUGCAAGUGUAGGCACUUUCAUUGUGAUAUGUUAAUGGUUUAACAAUCGUUGUUGAAGCGGUUGGUUUAGGGGGAUUUGAAGGUUGACUGUUUAAUGGUUGUUAUUUACUGUAAACCAACUUUUAUUCGCAUGCGAAAAAUUUUUGUGAGGUUUGCGAGAGCGUCCUCAUUACAAAUAUUUCUCACCGCUUACUAGUCCAUGUUUACCAGGACGUAUUUAUUACCAAAGUUGGUGUGGAUAAAACUAGAUUGCAAAAAGUCGUUGCAAAAGAGUUUAUCUCUGAUUAAUCGGGAAAUAAAGUCUUCGCGAAUAAAAAUUGGUUUACAGUGUUGUAAGUUGAAGGAUAACCCUGCAAGUAAACUGUUGUUAUUGAUAUCAAUAUAGAUUGUUCAUAAUGUAACUUAUUGUGUUUGAUAUACUACUGUUAUGUGUACAACUACAGUGCAUUUGGGAACAGUGCUACUCCAGUGCAUAGUGUUUAUGGUUUAAACAGAAAUAGGUAUUGUGUAUGGUGUUGAAAUACUUUCCCUAACAUGUUGGUUCUAGUCAUAUGAUAUGUACAUGUAUUGCAAUGGGGAAGUCAUGAAAGUUGAUUUUUAUAAUCAAUUGCAAUGUCCAGGAGUUGUACAUGUAGUGAUGUGAUUGGAUAUUUUGUUAAUUAGUUAUAAACUAAAAUGUGUAUGGCUGACCAUAUCCCAGGAGUGCAUCAUUGUUUGUUACAGUUUACUUUAAUGAUCGAUACUUCUCUUAUUAUGAAAUGGAUUGGGAUACACCAGGUAUAUAGACACUUGACCUUUACCUGUAAUGCAAAGUAGACUCACAAUUUCAAAGCAUCAUUAAGGAGGUGUAAUGUUUUACAUUUAAAACAUUAUUGAAAGCCAUUUUACCUGAAUUCUUGGAUAAAUGAAUGUAACUGAGCGAGAUUCAAACUGGCAGUCAUUAUACUACUAUAUACAUGUACUAGCUGGCUCUACAUAUGAGCAUGAUCCAUCCAAUCGUUUAGAUAAGUACAUGUACAUAUCACAACUUUUUGACAAUAAAGAAGUCAUAUCAUAUCGGCAUACCAGAAAAAAAGACUGUUUGUUGUAAACUGAAUGGUGCCAUUUAAAAUUUUUGUUCAAUGCUUAUAAUUUCAUGCAUUUUAUGAAGAGCUUCCGUGUCUGUUUUUGUAUUUGAGUUAGGACAGAAGUGGACUUCUGAUAGAUUUUAUAAAUACUGUAACGAGAUAAUAUUAGCUGUAAGAUACAUGCAUUUUUGAGAAGAAACUCACUGCUGCACCACUUUCAUCAUCUUAUGCACAUAGACUCGUAUAAUGGCCAUGCAUAUCAGGGAACAAAACUUGCGUUAAUGGAUUUGAAUAAAAAUUUGAAUAAUAAAAUUCAUUAAUGUUGUCCAAAGGUCGUCUAGAUUUUGAGUUUUAAGGAUAAUUAGGUCAGAUUUAUACCAGAGAUAGGUGAAGUAAGUUAAAGAUUAUUUUUAUUUUUGUUACAAUUUCAAAAAGCAUGGUGAUUAAAAAAAGGAAACUCACUUGAUAUGUUAGAAAUUGCAUAUGAAUGAAUUUGCUAUUCAACUUAGAUUCUUAGUAUGAAUGUAAUUUAUGCCAAAGAAAUUUUAGAAAUUAUGUUUCUCAUGUCAAAAAAUAUUAAAUGUUUACAUGCAUAUUGCAGGAAAUCUGUAGACACUGUCUAUACUCUACUUGAAGUUAAUCAUUUUUAGGGAGGAGGUAUACUUUUGUGAUUCUGCAAAUGUUUUAUUUCCUAUUCAAUUAGAACUGCAAAAAAUUCAUUAUUAUGCCUUUUUAUGAACAAAACACAUCAUUCUACAUUUUUCAGUCAAUCACUUGUUCAUAUUCUACAAGAGUGUCAAUAUCUAAUGUUUCUGCUACUGCGCAUACAGGAUCAUAGACUGAAUUACACAUGUAGGGUUUUUUUGGUAAUUCCAUUUGAUGUAAUCAGAAAAUGAAGUGUUGCAUUAUCCUUAAUAAAUAAAUUGUCUUGAUAUGAUCAGACUAGACAUGUCAACCAACAUACCUAGUAAAUUUUUGUGUGUUACCUUUUCCCCUUGUGAGCCAGUAUUGGUCAGUUAAUAAGGUUUUAUUUUCCUGUGAUAAUGAAGUGCAAUGUUUUAAUUUGUAAGAAAUUUUCAAAAUAUAAUUUGGUUGUAUUCAUUCCAAUUUAAAAAUAAAAUUGUUCAAAGCUCUGA